CCGUGCGUUCGUUAGAGGAGCAUGUCCCGUACUGGGCUGAGCUUUUUUUAAUUUGUCGUUUACGUUUUUAUAUUUGUGAUUUCGUGAAGUUUUAAAAUACAACAAUAUUGUAUCAUGGAGGUGGGCGUGUGGCUGAUCGGUGUAGUGCUGCGUGCGCUGAACGCGUUGAUGGCGGCGGCGAGCUGGGUGCGCGCGCGUGUAUGGCCCGCACCCCGCGCACGUCGCCUGCCGCCCCCCCGCAACCGCCUGCUCCUGCGCAGCGCCGCCGACCUCGCACAGGCUAUCAGGAAAGGAAAGCUGACGAGUGGGGAAGUAGUCGGCGCAUUCAUUGAGCGGGUGAAAGAAGUGAACCCUUACUUGAACGCGGUCGUGGAUGAGAGGUUCGAGGAGGCUCUGCAGGAGGCGAACACGCUGGACCAGAGGCUGCACGAGGCGCGCUGGGGGGGCGCCGACAGAGAACUGCUCAAAGACAAGCCGCUGUAUGGUCUGCCCUUCACCGUCAAGGAGAGCUGCUCGCUCGCCGGUGAGUACAGACACUACUCUAGCGCGAGCGAGAGUAUGGUAGCAAUGUGCGAUGUGGGUCGGUCCGGCAGCCGCGCGGCGAGCGACGGGGCGGCGGUGCGGCGCGUGCGCGGCGCGGGCGCGGUGCCGCUGCUGGUGUCGGCCACGCCCGAGCUGUGUCUGGGCUGGGAGACCACCAGUCUGCUGCACGGCCGCACCAACAACCCCUACGACCUCCACUGCACGCCUGGAGGAUCCUCCGGCGGCGAGAGUGCAUUGCUGGCGAGCGCCGCGUCCCCGCUGAGCGUGUCCUCGGACAUCGCGGGCUCCAUUCGCAUCCCCGCCGCCUUCUGCGGACUGUUCGGACACAAGCCCACGCCCGGCAUCAUUCCCAUCGAGGGCCACAUCCCCACGCUGACGGACGAGAUGUACCCCAAGUUCCUGACGGUGGGGCCCAUCUGCCGCCACGCGGAGGACCUGCCGCUCAUGCUGAGUGUGAUGGCCGGCGACCGCAAGCAUCUGCUCAACCUCCAACAGCCCGUCGAUCUCGCCAAUAUUAAGGUGCAUUACAUGACGGAGGCGUCCACGUCGGUGGCUCUGCUGCCCGUGGAGCCUCACAUCCGCGACCUCAUCUUGCGAGCAGCCAAACAUCUGCAGGACAACUGCGGAGCCACCAUCAGCGAGAAAAAAUUCAAAGCCCUAGAGGAUUCAGUGGAGAUGUCAAUAUCAGUAUUCUUCUCCAUGAAAGACAUCCCCAACUUGUUGCACGAUCCUGCCAACCCUAAACGCGACAAGAGUCUGUUGGUGGAGCUGGUAAAGUCAGUAUUCGGUAUGGCCUCGCGCUCGCUGCAGGCCCUGGGCUUCGCCCUCAUCAGUCGCACACGACUGUUCAUCCCCCGCGCGCGCACACAACACUACCAGCACCUGGCGCACCGCCUGCAACUAGACAUCGCGGUAACACAUCCCUCGCUGCUCACUUCAUUCACAGGCCCCGCCCCGCCCCGCCCCGCCCCGCCCUGGCCUUCGCCCUCAUCAGUCGCACACAACACUACCAGCACCUGGCGCACCGCCUGCAACUAGACAUCGCGGUAACACAUCCCUCGCUGCUCACUUCAUUCACAGGCCCCGCCCCGCCCCCCCCC